CGUUUAAAUGAGAAAAUAGCUUCUGGCGAGCAUUGCGGCGAAACUAUUCAACGGUGGAAUAAUACGUAAUAAUAUAAUAUCUAACAACUGUUUUCAUCAUUUUUUAUAACUAAUAAAGACAAAUAAUUUCAUCUUACAAGAUGCAAAUUAAAACCUUCUGUGGGUGCUGCUCGCUACAAAUCGGUAGCAUAAUCAUAGGGGUCUUAAGUUUGUUAUUUGGACUAUCAUUAUUAAUACUUCAAACUGUUGCUUUAAAUCACAUUGAAGAUAAUCCAAAUCCCGAAUUUCGAAUGGGUACAUACUUUGUUAUAAAAGGUGUUAUCGCAACUGUCAUAGCAUUUUUUGUCAUUUGGUUGAUAUUAUCUACGCUACUUAUUAUUGGAACUAUUAAGCGAAAAGCAAGCUAUGUGUUUCCCUUUGUAUGUUUGUCAUUCUCUAACGUAUUGGGUGAACUCGCAGCUUCUAUUGGUAUAAUAAUAUUUACAUUGCAAUAUCCACUGCCAGCAACAGCGAUGUACGUGAAUUUCCUCAUUAUUUCAUUGUUUAUGGGUCUCUACGUCUACGUCUGGCUUGUAGUAUACAGUUUCUACCACGAGUUGAUUCGUGAAAAAUUCGGCUACUCACUAAAUCGUGAAGGAAAAAUAUAUGAACCAUAUAAAGGUCACAAUGUUUAAUUAAAUUUUAAAAAUAACGUGAUACCAAAAUUUCAAUAAUUUUUUUUAUAUAUUGUUCAUAAAAUUGAAAUAUAUUAUUAUCAACUGCUGUUAUAUGUGAUAUCUAUAUAAAAAAUUUUAAAGGUA